UCGUUCUUGAGGAGGUGUGGGCGAUGGGGGCGCGUCACAGUCCUCUAUGAAGAAGAGAAAGGGCGAGGACGAGCCGUGGGCGCCUGAGCCAGAAGUGAUGGCGGAGACGACCGAUAUCGAGGGCCGAUGGCGCGACCUGGAUCGCUUGCUUCUGAGGCCGGGGAUUCUCGUUGGUCCUGGUUUUGAGCCUGGAAUUGAUACCCGAGAUAUGAUAAGAAAUGACUGCCGAGUAUUGGUGAUAGGUGCUGGUGGUCUGGGAUGCGAGCUACUUAAGGACCUGGCUUUAACGGGAUUUGGUAAUUUGGAAGUCAUAGAUAUGGACACAAUUGAUGUUUCUAACCUUAAUCGACAGUUUCUCUUCAGGAUGCGUGAUGUUGGACAGCCGAAAGCAAAGAUUGCUGCUGAGAGGGUCAUGGAGCGGGUUAAAGGAGUGAAUGUGGUUCCUCAUUAUUGUCGGAUAGAGGACAAGGACUCCUCCUUUUUUGACCAGUUCCAGAUCAUUGUCCUCGGUCUGGAUUCUUUGGAAGCAAGAAGCUAUAUUAACGCAGUAGUCUGUGGCUUUUUAGAAUAUGAACCGGAUGGGAGCCCUAUUCUUACAACUAUCAAGCCUAUGGUGGACGGAGGAACGGAAGGAUUCAAGGGUCAUGCACGAGUGAUUAUUCCUGGGAUGACACCUUGUUUCCAGUGUUCCAUGUGGCUGUUUCCUCCACAAGUUACAUUCCCGUUGUGUACACUGGCGGAGACACCGCGAUCUCCUGCACACUGCAUUGAAUUUGUCCAUCUUAUACAGUGGGGUCAGGACCGCACCGGCGAGACGUUUGAUCCAGACAAUCCAGAACACAUGAAGUGGAUUUACGAGCAGGCCGCUAAGAGAGCCGAGCAGUAUAGCAUAAGUGGUGUCACCUACAGUCUAACUCAGGGUGUGGUGAAAAACAUCAUACCUGCAAUCGCUUCAACGAAUGCCAUUGUUGCAGCGACAUGUGCCUUGGAGACGUUGAAAAUCGCGACUAUGUGCAGCAAAGGCAUGGAAGUUUUUAUGCAAUAUACUGGGACGGAUGGUGUCUACAUGAGAACCUUCCAAAACGAAAAGGAUCCAAAUUGCAUUGUGUGCAGCGCUGGAGUACCAGUUGAAGUGGAGGCUACCACCACCCUGCAAAAGUUUAUCGACGUUCUUUUGAAAGAUUCAAGAUUCAAAAAUAAAAUAUCCAAACCAAGUGUGUCGCUUCAAGGUGAAAACCUUUAUAUGCAGGCUCCUCCUAUUUUGGAAGAGGAAACUCGGCCGAAUCUGUUAAGACCCCUCCGUACCCUUAUGGGUGGUGAAGGUGGCAUUUUAAACAUAAAUGACAAGAGGCUGAAGGGAAUCUUGAGAGUCCAAGUGAUUUUCAAGACGACAGACGUGGAUAUGGAUACUGCAGGUGGUGGGUAAGGCGAUUUUGUUUUCAGAAGAAUAUUUUAUACUCGUUUUGUGUCUCAAAGUCCUGAAGUCUGGGACACUUGAGGGCCAGAUUGCGUUUGAAGCGUACCGGGUUCAGAUAAAAGGGUGAAAAGCCAACUACUAUCUGUCAAAGCCAGUGCUACUCCCAACUUAUUUGUUGAAGUAAGGCUGCGGAAUUUGGUCCGUUCGCACGCCAGUGAUUGAGUUUUGACCUCGCUACCCUUUGUGAGGUUUCUCCCGCCCUGCUUUACGCUGCGCAGUGAGCUCCGAAGCUCAGCAUUUUAGCUCCGAGGAAUUUAUAUCUGACCUUGAGUUGGUAGCACACGUCUUCCACACUCAUUUGACGUCCAGUGAAAGAAAGAUUACUUUUUGCCAUCUAAUCGGUGUCCAGCCUCAGGUUAGUUUACACAUGUGAACGCCGUUCCCUACAACGUCGAAUCGUAGGCAGCAAUUCUUAUCGUAUCCGUAAGAGACAAAGUAGGAUAAUUCCUGCUACUUUGAAUCUUCCCACUGGAGUCUACGGUAGUGCACACUAAAACGGACAUUCGUCUCCAUGGACGUGAAAAAAGCCAAGCCUGAAUGAGCUUGUAAGUUGUGAAACGUGGAAACGCAUUCUGAAGGCAUAAGCGGAGAUGUAUGGUUAUGAGCAACAUUUGAGAAAAAACUUUGGUUUGAUCGGUGCUAGAUUCAGUUUUGU